AUGCUGGAGACAUACAGGAACCUCACUGCUAUUGGGUACACUUGGGAAGACCAUAAUUUUGAAGAACAUUGUCAAAAUGCUAGAAAACGUGAAAGGGAUGAAAAAACCCAUAAUGGAGAGAAACCCUCUGAAUAUACUCAGCAUGUUAAACCCUUUGCAUGUUACAAUCAUCUUCAAAGGCGUGAACAAAUUCAUUCUGCAGAAAAGCCAUAUGAUGUUAUUCAAUAUUAUGAAGCCUUUUCAGGUACCAGUUAUCUCCAAUUACAUAAAAGAACACAAGCUGGAGAGAAUUCCUAUGGAUGUAAUCAAUGUGGUAAAGACUGUUCAUAUGUCAAAAGUCUCCAAAUUCACAAAAUACCACAUACUGGAGAGAAAAGCAAUGAAUGUAAUCAUUGUGAUAAAGCUUUUUCAAAAUUCUCUAAACACAAAAUACAUGAAAGAACACAUACUAAAGAGAAACCCUAUGAAUGUACUGAAUGUGGUAAAGUAUUUGCAUGUCAACAUAAUCUCAAAAUAUAUAAAAGAACACAUACUGGAGAGAAACCCUACACAUGCAAUCAAUGUGGUAAAGCCUUUUCACGGAAGAGUAAAAUUCGAGAACAUCAAAGGACACAUACUGGAGAGAAACCUUAUCAGUGUAAUCAAUGUGGUAAAGCCUUUUCACAGAACAGUAGUCUUCGAUUACAUCAAAGGACACAUACUGGAGAGAAACCCUACACAUGUAAUCAAUGUGGCAAAGCCUUUUCACAGAAGAGUAAAGUUCGAAUACAUCAAAGGAUACAUACUGGAGAGAAACCUUAUAAAUGUAACCAAUGUGAUAAAGCUUUUGCGUGUCAUAGUCACCUUCACAGACAUAAUAGAACACAUACUGGAGAGAAACCCUUUGAAUGUAAUCAAUGUGAUAAAGCCUUUUCACAAAUCAGUCAUCUAAAAACACACAAAAAAACACAUACUGGAGAGAAACCCUAUGAAUGUAAUCAAUGUGGCAAAGCCUUUGCAUGUCGUAAAAGUGUACACAUCCAUCAAAGAACACAUACUGGAGAGAAACCAUAUGAAUGUAAUCAAUGUGGUAAAUCAUUUUCACAAAUCAGUAGUCUAAAAACACAUAAAAGAACACAUACUGGAGAGAAACCCUAUGAAUGUAAUCAAUGUGGCAAAGCCUUUGCAUGUCGUAGAAGUGUACACAUCCACCAAAGAACACAUGCUGAAUAG